GCUUUAUCUAAAUCUGAACUUCAUUCGUUGUUCAGACAUCAUUAGUACUUCAGACAACAUACGUCAAUGGUAUCCCGAGUCCCUUUCCAGCUCUCUGGUCGGUAUGCAGAGCACAAUCGGUGGGAACUACUCAAUGGUCCCGGCGACUCGCGCGUAACGGGAUGUCAAAUCAUCGAAGAUGAGGGUCUAGUCAACCGAUGGGCCGAUAAGGUGGUGCUAAUUACCGGUGUUUCCUCUGGAGUCGGUGUAGAGACGGUGCGUGUAUUGGCAUCUACCGGUGCCACUAUCUUUGGUACAGCCCGGAAUCUCGAAAAGGCGAAGGAGGCUUUGGGUUCUUUGCUUGAUACUAGGCGUGUGAAGCUUCUGUUGAUGGAUCAGACGGACCUUUCGAGUGUUCGAGCGUGUGUCGAGGACUUCCUUAAGCAAAGUUCUAAGCUGAAUGUUCUUAUUAACAAUGCGGGUGUGAUGAAUACUCCAGAAAGUCGUACCAAAGAUGGCUUUGAGCUUCAGUUUGGAACAAACCACCUGUCGCACUUCCUCCACUUCUAUCUUUUGAAAGACAUCCUACUGGCAACAGCCCAUGCCACACCAAACUUCCACUCCCGUGUCAUCAACGUCGGUUCAUCAGGCCAUCGCUACAGCCCCAUCCCUCUCGACAACGUCAAUUUCGAAGGAAACUACAACGGCUGGCUUGCUUACGGAUCUAGCAAAACAGCAAAUAUAUACAUGGCCAACCAGAUCGAGCGCCUAUACGGAGCUCAUGGCCUCCACGGCUACAGCCUACACCCUGGGGCUUUCGUGAGCCCCAACCUCCAGAAAUACUCGCAAGAGAAAAUGAAGACAGCGCUGCAGGACAAGCGCACACAAACAUAUCUGUCCAGUCUCGGACAAGCCUGCGCGACAACCGUGUACGGCGCUGUCUCGAGCGAGCUGGAGGGGAGAGGUGGUUUAUAUCUGGAAGGGGCUUCUGUGGUAGUCCAUCCGGCCCCUUCGGAUGGGGACGGACUUGAAUAUGGAUAUGCAAGUUGGGCGUUUGAUCAGGAUAUGGAAAUGAAGUUGUGGAAGCUUAGCAAGUCGUGGGUAGGGGCGGAUUAAACUGAUGUACUCUUAUAUAUGUUUGACUAAGCUGU